AUGCCUGAGAAUAUCCUCGACGACAUCUCCCACAGACGGUACAACCCGUUGAAGGGCACCUGGCUGCUGGUCUCUCCCCACCGGACCAAGCGCCCCUGGCAAGUCAAGGAUUACGUUGCUGAUUUCCCCAAGUGCUACCUCUGCCCUCGAAACCCCAGAGCGGCCGGUGAUUCGAACCCGGACUACAAGAACACUUUUGUUUUCGUCAACGACUACAGUGCCGUAAAGGAGGAGCAGGCCGAGUACAAGCCCGAGAUUGAGAGCGAUGACCUCGCAUCGUCGCUGCUGCGCGCCGAAGCGGCCACGGGCAAAUGUUAUGUCCUCACCUUCUCCGAGAAGCACCACGUCACCCUCGCCGACAUGACGACCCAAGAGAUCGCCCCCGUCAUCGACGUGUGGACACACAUCUACGCCUCCCACCUCUCCUCCUCGAACCCGCUCUCCAAGGUUGCCGCCGCGCUCGACCUGCCCGCCGCGACCCCUGAGAGCAGCGUGCCGCCCCCCAAGCACAGCCUACGGUACAUGCAGAUUUUCGAGAACAAGGGCGCCGCCAUGGGUUGCUCGAAUCCGCACCCGCACUGCCAGGUCUGGACGACGUCAACGAUGCCCGAGGAGCCUGGCACGGAGCUGGCGCAAAUGGCCAAGUACCGCCACCAGCAUGCCGGACGGCACAUGCUGGCCGACUACGUCAAGGUCGAGCUGGAAAAGAAGGAGCGCACUGUGUUCGAGAACGAGCACUUCCUGGUGGUCGUCCCCUGGUGGGGUGUGUGGCCGUUUGAGGUCUUGGUUCUGCCCAAGAGGCACGUCCGCGCCCUCGUGGACCUGUCCGCCGAGGAGCGAUUGCAGUUUGCCGAGGCCAUUCAGGAAGUCGCGAGGAGAUACGACAAUCUGUUCGAGACGCACUUCCCCUACAGCUCUGGUAUUCACCAAGCACCCCUCGAUGCCACCGAAGAGGAGGCCGAAAACAGCUACCUCCACAUGCAUUUCUAUCCGCCUCUGCUCCGCUCUGCUACCGUGCGCAAGUUCCUUGUUGGUUACGAGCUGAUGGCUGAGCCCCAGCGCGACAUUACCCCCGAACAGGCGGCUGCCCGCCUCCGGGGUACUGGAGGCGAACUGUACCGCAAGACAAUCCAGUAA